UAGUUUCCAACACGCACUUAGCACUGACCACCUUCCACAUUCAUUGAUUGCACAACUCCUUUAAGCUCAAAGAUAUACGGAUAUGACUAGUGCUUUGAACCAAUUUCCGCCUGAGCUACUUACUCGAAUAUUUGCCAUUUAUCCUCCACAAACCAUUCAAUUACCUCUUAACUACACUCAAGUUUGCUCGCGUUGGAGAUCUGUUGCAUAUUCAUCGCCCGAACUCUGGACAGCGUUAGUCAUCGAGUAUCCUCCAGCCCUCGAAACUGAUUCGGACGCGGCUUAUUUCGAGGCGGCGCUGGCAAGCUGGGUGCUCCGCUGCUCCGAUUUGAGCAUGGAUCUCUCAUUUCUUGGACGGUACUUCCGGAACACCUGGGAUCGGCCUUCACAAUUCCAGAUAACUGUGUAUGUAACGAUAUGCAACAAACUAUUGGUUGAUUUUUCGAAAAAAUGGAGACGAUUGAAAGCUCCAUAUUUCUGGAGCACUCACUUUUUUCCUUCCAGCUUAAAACAGUUCGCAGCUCUUGAAGAAUUAGAGCUUGGUGUAGGGAACUGCUCACCACCAAAGAUUCUACGUUUCCACUGCAUAAAAGAUUUCAUUCCUGAAACAGUCAGAGACCUCACAGUGACAUCGGCUUCUGGUCCAAUCAGUGGAGAUUUUGCGAUAGAAUUUUUGCAGCCCAAACGGUUGCAGCACCUUACGCAUAUGGAUAUGUCCCAAUUUGGCUGGACUACACCCCAUGUUUUACCUUCCAUCACCUUACCUCGAUUACAAGAGCUUACACUUGGUGGGCCAUCACUGCUUUGGGGGACAUUCUUGGAGUGUUCACACUCCCUUCACUGAGGAAACUGUCCUUAUCAAUAUCGAGGUUCGAUGGCGACGGCGAACAUGGCCCCGUGGUCGGUCCUGCACUCAUUGCUUUACUGAAGAGGUCUUAUCAUGACCAGUGCGGUCUUG